UUUAACUUUACCUCAAGCUCCGUGGACCGUGUCACGGGUUCUUCACUCACUUGUUCCGGAACUACUGCCAUCCGCGCGUCUCUAGAAAUGCUGCGUUCAUUGUCAGUCAAAUAUUCUCCCCUACUGACAAGGAUUCGCCCAGGAGGUCGAGCACUCUCAUCCCAACCUACCUCUUCAUUAGGCUGUCUCCCCACGACGGACUCACCAGUCGUGUCGAAGCUUGGAUUCUUCAAUUCUGUAACUGGAGACGGUAGCAAGAUACCAAGCUAUAGAGUUCUCGAUGGGUUUGGCAUUCCGAUAGAAGGUGCUGAAGUGCCCGAGAUCAGUGAACAGUUCGCGCGACGAUUAUAUGAGAAUAUGCAGUUGCUUCCGACGCUGGAUAAUAUACUUUACAAUGUCCAACGCCAGGGCAAGAUAUCCUUCUAUAUGACUUCGUAUGGAGAAGAGGCUGCUGUGAUUGGCUCUGCUGCUGCACUGGCUGAUGAUGACGAAGUGUUGGCACAGUACCGUGAAGUUGGGGUGCUUCUAUGGCGUGGCUUCACUCUUGACCGUGUCAUGGCCCAGUGUUUUGGAACCCACGAAGAUUCCGGCAAAGGUCGCCAGAUGCCCGUACAUUUCGGCUCCACACAACAUCAUUUCCACCAGAUAUCAUCUCCACUCGCAACUCAAAUACCACAAGCUGCUGGGGUUGGUUAUGCACUGAAACGCGACCCAGAGAGACGCUCCAAAAAUGUGGCCUGCGUAUUUUUUGGGGAAGGGGCAGCGUCCGAGGGGGACUUCCACGCUGGAAUGCUCCUUGCUUCCACACUGCCUUCACCGACAUUGUUUCUGGCACGCAACAACGGCUUCGCUAUCAGUACCCCAAGCUCGCAACAAUAUUAUGGCGAUUCUCUGAGCGCAAGAGGUCCAGGUUAUGGUAUCGAUACUGUUCGUGUAGAUGGAAACGACGUGCUUGCAGUAAUGAACGCUGUUAAGGAAGGACGGAGGCGGUGCUUAGAAGGUGGUCGGGCAGUCUUGGUCGAGAUGAUGACCUAUAGGGUUGGCCAUCACUCGACGUCAGACGACUCGUUUGCGUAUAGGGGACGCCAGGAAGUCGAGGACAGAAAGAAGAUUGACAACCCCAUCACGCGUUUCCGCUUAUUCAUGGAAUCCCGGGGAUGGUGGGAUAAGACAGAAGAGGAAGAGCUCAAGUCUCGUUUGAAACAGGAUGUGCUCGCAUCGUUCAAGCGCGCGGAGACUCUUAAGAAACCUGACCUGGCAGAGUUGUUCAGUGAUGUAUACGCAGAAGAGCCUUGGAAUAUAAGAGAACAACGAAAGGAGUUGGCGGGACUGCUCGAGAAAUAUGGACAAGUAUGGGAGCCAUGGCAGAAUGACCUCAAGAUCUUCAAGGACGAAGGGAAGAAGCUGGCGGAUUGAUGAUUCCCUCGAUACCCAUUUCAUAACCGUCGUUCGGUUGAUCAACGCACUCUUCCAAGAUGACUAUUUUCGCAAACCCAGCAUAUGUGGAACUGUAUUAUAAAUAUUGCAAUUUCAGUGCACAAAACUAGUGCAAUUGUAUUGAAUGUGGCACGAAUU